CGUGGUGUCGCAACAGAACGUGGUGUCGCAACAGAACGUGGUGUCGCAACAGAACGUGGUGUCGCAACCGAACGUGGUGUCGCAACCGAACGUGGUGUCGCAACCGAACGUGGUGUCGCAACAGAACGUGGUGUCGCAACAGAACGUGGUGUUGCAGCAGAACGUGGUGUUAUUACAGAA